AUGUCUUCUACUAAGCAAAAAUCUGUCAGAUUUCCAAAUGACUUUGACAUUGCGAAGUCUGGAUCAUACAACGCGACGAAAUUCCUCAAAACUGUCUCCAUAAAGAAGCAUGAAGAAACAUCUAACUUAGAGCUCGAGAAGGUAGAAAUAGAGCCAAAAAUGAAGAUGUUUCGAAAGAAAAAGCUUUCAAGAGUAUUUUCUGAGGACUAUGAUGGGUUGCAAUGGAAGAUACUAGAUCCGCGAGGACGUCCUAUAAACAUAUGGAACAAAUGUUUCCUCAUUGCUUGUCUUACUUCUCUGUUUGUUGAUCCAUUGUUCUUCUAUUUGCCAAGUGUUAACGAUGAAAUCUGCAUGGAUGCAAGUUAUCCGAUGGAGAUAGUCCUUACAGUCGUUCGAUCAGUGAUAGAUGCAUUUUAUCUGGUUCAGAUUUUAGUUCAUUUUCGAACAGCUUAUGUUGCACCAUCCUCUCGCGUUUUUGGAAGAGGAGAGCUAGUCAUUGAUUCAUCGAAAAUUGCUUCAAGGUAUCUUCAAAAGGAUUUUUGGGUCGACCUCUUGGCUACUCUUCCUCUUCCUCAGGUUUUGAUUUGGGCUGCAAUCCCGUCUCUCAGAGGUUCGAACAUUAUUGGUGCAAAACACGCCUUACGCCUGACUAUCAUUUCUCAGUUCCUCUUGAGGCUAUGUCUGAUUUUUCCACUUUCAUCUCACAUUAUCAAGACCACCGGCGUUAUGGUGGAAGCGGCUUGGGCUGGCGCGGUGUAUAACCUCGUGCUCUUCAUGCUGGGUAGUCAUGUCAUGGGAUCUUGUUGGUACCUUUUAGCUGUGGAGAGACAAGAACAGUGUUGGAAGAAAAUUUGUGAUCAACAACAACCGUAUUGCCAGUAUUGGUAUUUCGACUGCCAGAGGAUGAACGAUACCAGUAGAAUCGCGUGGUAUCAAUGGAGCAAUAUCUCUACAUUAUGUGGUCCUAGCAGCAACUUCUUCCAAUUUGGAAUCUUUAACGAUGCACUGACUUAUCGCGUUACACAGUCAUCGUUCUUGAACAAGUACACAUAUUGUUUUUGGUGGGGCUUAAGGAAUCUAAGCUCUAUUGGGCAGAAUCUCAUGACAACUACGGACAUUAAUGAAAUCAAUUUCGCGGUUGUUCUUGCAAUUCUUGGAUUAUUAUUUUUCGCGUUACUUAUUGGGAAUAUGCAGAGCUUCCUUCAAUCAACUACUAAGAGACUUGAAGAAUGGAGGAUUAGGAGGACCGAUACAGAAGAAUGGAUGGAUCAUCGCCAACUACCCCACGAUCUAAAGGAGAGGGUGCGGAAAUAUGAUCUGUAUCGAUGGGUGACAGCAAGAGGUGUUGACGAAGAAUCAAUCAUUAGAAGCCUUCCUGUGGACCUCAGAAGGGACAUCAAGCGCCAUCUUUGUCUUGAUCUAGUUCGUCGAGUCCCGCUAUUUGAUCAAAUGGAUGAGUGUAUCUUGGAUGCAAUAUGUGAAAGGUUGAAACCACUUUUAUACACAGCAGGAACCUGCCUUGUUCGCGAAGCUGAUCCAGUGAAGGAAAUGCACUUCAUUAUACGUGGCCAUUUGGAUUCCUACACUACUGAUGGAGGUAGAACAGGAUUCUUCAAUUCAUGUAAGCUCGGUCCAUGUGACUUCUGUGGUGAAGAGCUACUAACAUGGGCACUAGACCCUCGUCCGAGUAUCAUCCUUCCAUCCUCUACGCGUACAGUGAUCGCUCUUACUGAAGUUGAAGCGUUUGCAUUGUCUGCAGAGGAUGUUACAUUCGUGGCAUCACAGUUCCGUAAGCUACAUAGCAAGCAGUUAAGGCAUACGUUCAGGUUUUACUCGAACCAAUGGAGGACUUGGGCCGCGUGUUUUAUACAAGCAGCUUGGUUUCGGUACAAAAGAAGGAAAGAGGCUGCUGAGCUUAAUAAAGCGAAGCAAAGUCACCUUGCUGCUCCUGUUGAACUACGCGAUGAAGGAAGAAGCGCGUCGUUGGGACAAAAGGCUUCAGAAUUUGCUGUGUAUGCUGCAAAAUUGGCAACAAGCACCAGAAAGGGUGGUAGCAUGAGGGGAGAACUAGAAAUUAUUAGUUCAUUACAAAAGCCUAUUGAACCUGAUUUUUCGGUUGAGGAUAGAUGA